AUGAAGGCAGAGAACCACACAGUGGUGAGUGAAUUUAUUUUCCAAGGUUUUUCCAGCUUUCACGAACACAAGCUCACCCUCUUUGCGGUAUUUCUUACCUUGUACCUUUUAACCUUGGCUGGCAACAUCAUCAUUGUGACAAUUAUCAGCAUUGAUCAUCACCUUCACACACCCAUGUACUUCUUUCUUGCUAUGCUGUCCACUUCAGAGACCUUGUACACAUUGGUCAUUGUACCUCGGAUGCUCUCCAGCCUCGCAGGCCUGAGCCGACCCAUCUCCUUGGCAGCUUGUGCCACCCAGAUGUUCCUCUUCAUCACUUUGGCCAUCAACAACUGCUUCCUGCUCACAGUGAUGGGGUACGACCGCUAUGUGGCCAUCUGCAACCCCUUGAGGUACACGGUCACCAUGAACAAGAGGGUGUGUGCCCGGCUGGUGUGGGGGGCCUGCAGCAUAGGGCUGCUUGUGGCCACAAUUCAGAUUUCCUCUGUGUUCAGCCUGCCCUUUUGUGACAGAGAGGUGGCCCAUUAUUUUUGUGACAUCCGCCCAGUUAUGAAACUCUCCUGUGCUGACACCACCACACAUGACAUCAUUAAUUUCCUUGUCAGCUCACUUGUUAUCGUGGUGCCCAUGGGCCUGGUCUUCAUCUCCUAUGUCCUCAUCAUCUCCACCAUCCUCAAGAUCGCCUCUGCCGAGGGCCGGAAGAAGGCCUUUGCCACGUGCGCCUCCCACCUCACUGUGGUCAUUGUUCACUAUGGCUGUGCCUCCUUUGCCUACCUCAAGCCCACGUCCAAGAACAUGACGGAUCAGGACCAAUUGAUUUCGGUGACUUACACCGUUUUCACUCCUCUCCUUAAUCCUGUGGUGUACACUCUAAGGAACAAAGAGGUCAAGGAUGCUCUUCACCGUGCUAUUGGCAAAAAAACCCUUGCCUAG